GCGGAUGAGUGCUUUUAGUGUUGGAAGAUCGUAAACAAAAGCCGAGUAAAACAGAUCUUUAUUAUUUGUCAAUCGUAUCGUAAAGUAAAUAAUGUCGUGUCGUAGUGUGAUACGAUCUUUAUUUGUAUAAUUUGUGUGAUUUGUUACUUAUUAGAUUCAAGACUGUUCCCAGUGUUAACUGAAAUGUUUUUGAAAGGACUGAAAUAAAUAUGACUUCUCAUAAAACCGGUGGGCAAAGCGGAAGGAAAAAAGUACAGGUGUCCCUGGUGGUCCGGGACGAGGUGGAGCCAUGCCACCGGGCCGGGGUCAACUCCCUGCAGUUGGACGCCCAGCUGCAGCGGCUCUACUCGGCGGGCCGCGACGGCAUCGUGCGCAUCUGGAACUGCAAGAGCAUGAAGGAGCCCUACCUGCAGUCCAUGGAGCACCACACCGACUGGGUCAACGACAUCGUGCUGUGCUGCGGCGGCAAGAACCUGAUAUCGGCAAGCUCGGACACAACGGUGAAAGUGUGGAAUGCGCACAAAGGUUUCUGCAUGUCCACGCUACGCACCCACAAGGACUACGUGAAGGCUCUGGCGUAUGCACGGGAUCGCGAGCAAGUGGCGUCAGCAGGUUUGGACAGAGCCAUCUUCUUGUGGGACGUGAACACGCUGACCGCCCUGACUGCAAGCAAUAACACUGUGACAACGUCGUCCUUGAAUGGCAACAAAGACUCGAUAUACAGCCUAGCCAUGAACCCGUCUGGCACGGUGAUAGUGAGUGGCAGCACGGAGAAGGUGCUGAGAGUGUGGGACCCGAGAACCUGUGCUAAGCAGAUGAAAUUGAAAGGGCACUCGGACAACGUGAAGGCGCUGGUGAUGAACCGGGACGGCACGCAGUGUCUGUCCGGGAGCUCCGACGGCACCAUCAAGCUGUGGUCGCUGGGGCAGCAGCGGUGCGUCACCACCAUCCGGGUCCACGACGAGGGCGUCUGGGCCCUGCUGACGACGGAUUCGUUCAGCCACGUCGUGUCUGGGGGCAGAGACCGGAAGAUCUACAUGACGGACAUACGUUGUCCGGAGAGGCAUGUGUUGUUAUGUGAAGAGACAGCGCCUGUGCUCAAGAUGGUCAUGACACCGGACCAGAAUUCUCUGUGGGUGGCAACGUCAGAGUCUUCCAUCAAGAACUGGCCAAUCGUGAGACGAGAGUCACAAGGGGACACUGCGGAUGACGAAGCACUCAAGCCUCAGAGUUUGAAGCCUGAUCUGUGCAUCAAGGGUGGGCCAGCUGUUCGGCACUACCACAUUCUGAACGACAAACGCCACAUUCUUGCCAAAGAUACAGAUAGUAAUGUGAUGGUGUAUGAUGUUCUCAAGGCAUGCAAAGUGGAAGAACUUGGCCAAGUUGACUUCGAUGAGGAAGUUAAGAAACGUUUUAAAAUGAUUUAUGUUCCUAACUGGUUUAACGUGGAUCUUAAAACUGGUAUGCUGACCAUUCAUCUGGGUCAAGACGAAAAUGAUUGUUUCUCCGCGUGGGUGUCUGCGCGUGAGGCAGGCCUUGCGCCAAAUGACACAGUGGAUCAGAAAGUGAACUACGGCAACCUGCUGCUGCAAGCGCUGCUGGAGCACUGGUGGCGGCCGCUGCAGGGCGACGACGAGGCAGAGUGCCAGGACCCGGCGGGCGGGCCGAUGCGCGGCGGCAACGAGUACUUCUCCGUGCCGGGCCACACGCCGGUCAUAUUCAGUGAAGUUGGAGGAAGAACCCUGUACCGACUUCUUGUUAGAGACGCAGGAGGAGAAACGGAAGGUGUUCUGCUCAACGAGACUGUACCACCGUGGGUUGUCGACAUUGUUGUGGAGAAGAACCUUCCCAAGUUCAUCAAGAUACCUUUCUAUUUGCAGCCGCAUGCGUCGUCUGGAAUAAAGAGCGUUAAAAAGGACCGCCUGAUAGCCAACGACUUCAUCCAGGUGCGCAAGGUGGCGGAGCACGUCUACGAGAAGGUGCUGUGCGCGGGCUCGGAGUCUGGGUCGGUGGCGGGGGGCCCCGGCUCGCCGGGUGCCGCGGGGCCCGACACGGAGCCCCAGGAGACCGGCUCCGUGGCCGAGGAGCGGGUGGAGCUGCUGUGCAACGACCAGGUGCUGGAUUCGAACAUGGACCUGCGAACUGUGCGUCACUUCAUCUGGAAGUCGUCGACUGACCUCACCUUGUACUACCGCCCGCUGAAAUAGGGCCGGAGUUGUCCGGGUGUCUCCUGGCUGACUCGGAAAAGGAACAGCAACUGAUCAAAGAGAGUCGUACAUCUAGUCUGUUAGCCCGUCGUGCCAGUCGCGUGGCGUGGCGUGGCGUGGGAAGUGUGCCGAUGACUGUGCUGGUGAUGGCAGUGGAACGCAUGCCAGCAUGUGUCACAGUGGUGGGCUCACCCGACAGCAUCUCACACAUUCUACCUUGGAAUUGCGGCAGUGUGUACUGUAUUUGAGAGUAUACCGUAUGUUAGUAAUGUGGUUGUACACAUGUAUAUAUUUCUAUUUGUUUGUUUAAAACCUAAUAAAUACAUACAUACUCAGAAA